AUGCAGGUCCAAGCUCAGAAUGUGCGAAUUGGCAUGCCGGCUGGAGUGCCAGCUUCCCGUGCUCGCACUGCGCAGGUGCGAUCAUUGUCUCCAGCGCUGACUGCCCGAACAAGCGUCACGCUUGGACCGGUGCGGGUUAUGUCACCGCAUGCAUCACAUGUUCCGUUAUCCCCACAAGCACCAAUAAAGCCGAUUGCAGCGCCAAGAAUGAGCGUCCAGCAGCCAGUCACAUUAUUGCCACGCAGCGAAAUGAUGGCGUGGUUGUCUGCUGCCCGAAAUUUUGUUAUUAACACAGACUUCGAUGUGGGACCGUUGCUCGCGGACCGGAAGAGAAGCAUUACGGAGUUGAUGAACGUUAUGAAGGCAAACAGCGGUGGAAAGGGAACCAUACAGGCACUGGGAGACAAAAUUAUCUUGAGCAAGCUGUUGGAGAAUCUUGGUGUUCCGCAGAUGCCAGUGCUGCUCUCUACGUACACGAAAGUGAACAAGGCGGAGGUCGAAAAGCUUGUUGAAACCUGGACACAGAGCAGUGAUCCGGAUGCCUACGACGUCGUCGUCAAGCCGACUCAUCUUAGCAGCGCAACGGGUGCUGUGAUUAUGUCAAAGCCCAAGUGGGACAAGGAGCAGUGGACUGCUCCGAAGCUCAUUGAGCACAUGGAGACUUUCUUAGAGAAGAAGGCAGCCGACAGCGAGAGCGAGGCUCUCAAGUCGCUGGUUCCCGGUUUUGUUAUCCAGCCGCGAUACCGCUCGUCUGUCGGCUUCAAUUUUCCGCUCGAGCUGCGAGUUGUAACUAUCUGGGGCAAGGCUCGCGUGGGAAUUUGGUGGUGGGGCCGCGUCGCAGAUCCGAAAGGGAAGAGAACCACUUGGCUGGUGCGGGUGCCGAAAAUCUCUGGUCAACUUUCAGACGACGAUGGCUGGGAGGUGAUCCACGAGCACGGAGGUCAGAACCGUGGCUUCGAGGUGUCGCUGAAGCUCUUUCGCGAAGCGAUGCCGGCCAUGUCGGCUGCAGCUGAGAACAUUGCCACAGCUGUUGGCGCACCAUUCUUGCGAUCCGACUUCUUUGUCGGCAGCGAAGAGUGGGGAGUUCGCUUGAAUGAAGUUGCUUAUGGAAGUGGGGUGGACUACAAGCGUCGCCUCCCUGGUGGCACCUCAAAGCAAACUCGCGGUGGUACUUGGGUCGGUGGGCUGGUUGACGACGGCCCAGCCAUUGCGGAGAUCAUUCAGGAGGGCUUCAGGCUUUGCCAGCGUAGACCGCCUGCAGAGUUUCUGAAAGUGCUGGGAGCACGGACAGCGCUCUACGAGGCACCCACAAGAGGGAGAUCUCCGGACUCACGGCCAGCGGAGCCGCUCAUGAAGGUCGAGGCCGUUCCACAAGAGAAGCGCUCAAGACAACUUCCGGAUGAUGCAGUACGGGACCUCAUCGGUCUGUACAAGAGUCCGGGUAACAUGCUUUCACAAACAGGGCAAGUUCAGGCAUCAAGCUGCGAGACUCAGCCAGCACAAGACCUACCGAGUGCCGGGUAUGCCGGGCUCAGCGCUCGAGGUGGAGCUUACCCUCGAGUUGUGCAAUGCUUUUCUCCAGGCCUGUCGCAGGGUCCCCCGUCCUUCCAGCCGAGACCGAUUUGGAGACCAUCACUGCCCUCGGUGCCUUCAUUCGUGGCCGCGCCGGCGGUAGUGCCCGCGCCAGUGGUGACUCCGCCGCUGAUGAAGCAGACGCCAUACAAGACAGUCCUUGCACCGGCAAGCCCAAUUCCUCGACGCGAGGUGAGUGUGGCCACCUGGAGACCCAUGCAGGCGUGUUCAAUCACUGCCAGUGUCUCCCAUCACGGAAGAGGAGUCGUCAACCACCGGACGAGCUUCAGUCUCUGCGGAUCGAUGCGCGGCCUGCCACCAGAUGUCUCUCGCUGGGUUGCCGUAGAUGGCUUGGCAACUCCGCUGUAG